AUGCUGAGUCGUAGCUCGUUAGUGAGGUUUUGGUGUGGAUCAGAUCGCCCUGGAUUCUGCCUGGGGACAUCUUUACUAAUAACACUGAUGCUGCUGAUGUAUGCUAUGGGUUUCCAGGCUAGUCUAAGCUUAGGACCAGGGGGAAACUUUCCAAGAUUCGUAGAUGUGUUUCUGUAUGCUCUGAGUCAUGAUGACCUGCCCUCUCUGCUGGUCAGUGUGGCUGUCCUGCUGCUGUUUGGAACAUGUCAGGAGCGCCGCUGGGGGACUGUCGCCCUGUUGGUCCUCUCUGGCCUCACAAUGCUCAUCCUGCCUUUUGUUUACACCCUGGUUCUCUUCAUGGGUGGAGGCGGUGCGAGUCGCAUCUGUGGCUUCUCUGCUAUUCCGCUGGCUCUGUUUACCGCACAGUGCCGACAGAUGACUCAACGGAGGCUGCUGAGGUGUUUGCCUGUCUGGUUCCUCCCGUGGCUUCUUCUGCUGCUUGGCCUGAUGCUGCUGCCAGGGACACCUGGCCUGCUUCACUUCUGUGCAAUAUGCAUAGGACACAACUAUCGUCAGCCUUUUAUCGAGAUGUUACAGGAACUAGAAGAGUCCAGGCUUUUGGAUCUCAUUCCUAUAUGGAUGUUUGUAUCAACCUCAGACAGGUUCAGAUUGCCAACCUAUGCAACCUCACAGAGAUCACUUCCCAUUGAUCAGGAAACAACUCCUCAGAGGAGGAAUCCCCCAGUUUUCAACCAGCACCCAUGGAUGGAGCCGUUGCCUGCUUGGAUAAUGGGCCAGUCUGCUGCAGUGUCUGAGACGGAGGUGCUGGAGGAGCAGAUGCUGAGAGCAGGGAUACUGGCCUCAUUACAGGAUGCUCCAGAGGAGGACCCCAAUGCAAAAGUCGAAGUGCCCAAAUCGUCUGUUUCCUCUCUGCGACUUCAGCAGCUAGAAAAGAUGGGCUUUCCCACAGAGAAGGCUGUGGUUGCACUAGCAGCAUCAAGGCAGCUGGAUGGCGCCAUCUCCCUUCUCAUUGAAGAUGGCGUUGGAGAGCAAGCAGUGGUGGUAUCAAAGGGAAAGAGUUCAUCGCCACCAUGA